AUGAUUACUUGUAUAACUGAUUUACCUGUGGAAUUGUUACAAGAAAUUUUCGAUUAUUUAUCUGCAUUUGAUAUUUGUCAUACAUUUCACAAUCUUAAUGAUUACCUUAAUAAUGCAAUUCAAAUUUAUUCAAAGUUUAAACUUGAUUUUCAAUCAAUUCAAAAGUCACAUUUUGACCUUAUCUGCCAAUAUGUUCAGCCAUUGUGCAUAAAAGCUUUGCGUCUUAGUGAUCAUCGAAGUGAAACAGUAGACCAAUCGGAACUCUUCUUGUCUCGAAUCAAUGCUAACCAAAUGAAAAACUUGCAAGCACUUUCAUUAGCACAAAUCGAAGAUAUUCCUUUCACUACUUCAUCUGAUAAAUAUUCAUUUUUUUCGUGGGAACCAAAUUAUGUACUUAAUUAUGCAACUGUUCGUCAUUUGAUAUUUCAACGUGAUAUAGAUUGGGAUAGACUCGUGGAUUAUUAUAGCCCAAAUCUAUCUGAACUCACUCUACAAUCAUUAAAUAAAUCUAAACAAUGCUUUCCACUUUAUUCAAUUCGCAAACAUAAAAUAAAUGAAGUAGAAGAUAUUGAUGAAAUAUGCUCUAUUUUUCCAUCAAUUGAACAUUUAAAAAUUCCUGUAUAUGAUCAAAAUGAAAUAGCAUAUAUUAUAAAUCGAUUGGAAUAUUUAUGUAGUGCAGUAUUUCUUUAUAAUGGAGAAAAACAUAUUUCAAUCAAAUGGAUUUGCAAAAAAACUAAUUUAAUUGAAGAUAAUUUUACUUACAGAUUGGACAGACAAUUAUGCGUAUUAUAUAUGUGGAUUAAUAAUCAAUCAAAAGUAAUUUGA